AGGACCCAGUCACCCUGGACAAUGACUUCCAACCUGUACAAGUGUCUGUUCAUUUUCUCAGCCCUCAGUUUUUGUGUCUCCCAGACCGGCAACCACGACCUCCAUCCCCAAGAACACCCUGUUGAGAAAGAAAAUCCUUCCCACCGUAGACUGGCACCAGUGAAUGUUGACUUUGCAUUUCGCUUAUAUAAGAAUUUGAUAUCAAGAGCCCCAGACAGAAAUGUUUUCAUCUCCCCAGUGAGUAUUUCCAUGUCUUUGGCUAUGCUGUCCCUUGGGGCCAGGUCAGCCACACGUACUCAGCUCUUGGAAAGCCUGGGAUUCAACCUGACGGAGACACCAGAUUUGGCCAUCCACCAGGGCUUUCAAUAUCUCAUCUAUCUGUUCAACAAUUCAGAUACUGGCCUGGAAAUGAACAUGGGAAAUGUCCUAUUUCUUGACUCUCAGAUAGAACUUAUGGAGACAUUCAUGACAGAAAUAAAGCAUUAUUAUUAUAAUGUAGAAGUUUCUUCUGCAGACUUUCAAAAUUCAACCAGAGCCAAGAAACAGGUCAACGAUUUUGUCAAGAAUAAAACUUUGGGGAACGUUGAUCAGUUAUUCAAGGAACUGGAUAGUGAUACCAUGCUUAUUUUGAUCAGCUAUAUUUUCUUUAAAGGUAAAAUAUCUUAUUCUGAUAGGGUAGCUAG